AUGGGUCUGCUCUUGAAAGAAGUGGACGUCCUUGUUGUUGGCGGCGGCAAUGCUGGGUUCAGCGCUGCCAUCUCGGCAGCGGAGUCCGGGGCUAAACGCGUGAUGCUUAUCGACGCAUGCCCAGAGCAUUGGGCUGGAGGAAACUCACACUUCACAGCCAGGGCAUUCAGAACCGUUUAUCAUGGACUGAAAGACUUACUUCCAAUUGUGAACAAUGUGGGCAAAGCCAUGGCAAAAAGAAUUGACAUGAAAGCUUAUACCACGGACGAUUUCACGCAGGAUAUUCAUCGCAUCUGCAGCGGUCGGUCUGAUCCUGAGCUGUCCCGAAUCCUUGUGCAUGAGUCAAACGCUGCGGUCAAGUGGCUUGCUAAACAUGGGGAGAUUCGAGCCAUAGCAGUUAUUCUGGCGGCAGGUGGAUUUGAGGCCAAUUCUCGGAUGAUAGCGCAGUAUCUCGGCCCUAACUGGAACCUUGCUAAACUACGCGGGACGCCGUACAAUAUAGGUACAUGCUUAGAAAUGGCCAUCCGAGAUGCGUCUGCCGAGGAAGCGGGCAACUGGUCUGGCUGCCACUCUGUCGCUUGGGACGCCCAUGCCCCCCCGCAUGAGGGCGAUAGACUCAUAUCAAAUGAUUUCACCAAAUCAGGCUACCCUCUUGGCUUAAUGGUCAAUACCGAAGGAGAUCGGUUUGUGGAUAAGGGCGUCGACCUAAGGAAUUACACGUACGCCAUAUUCGGAAAAGCCAUCCUUGCUCAGCCAGGUCAUACCGCGUUUCAAGUUUGGGAUUCCCAAAUGACACCCUGGCUUCGCGAUGAGGAGUAUCGAGAGGGUCGGGUGGAAAGGAUCAUGGCCUCGUCACUGUCAGAGCUGGCUGAGAAGUGUGCGAAGCAUGAAUUGACAAACCCAGGUAAACUCGUGGAAACAAUCACACAAUAUAAUGAAGCUGCCAUUGCUUUCCAAAGAGAGAAUCCCUCGAAAAGGUGGGAUCAGGCUGUGAAAGAUGUCUUUCUACCCAUCCGAAAACUAAACGUCUUUCCUUGGCCAAGUCUAAUUGGGCUGUCCCUCUCGUCAAAGGUCCAUUUAUGGCCGUCAAAGUAA